AUGUGUGGUGGAGUGGAUCCCCGCCACACAGAAAUCCCGAUUAACGAAGAGGCCGAUAAAGAGCCGAAUGGACCGGUUUGGAAAACGCUGAUGCCGAGGGACGUGACUCGCGUUGAAUGGGCUCGCGUAGUCCGCAGGUUGACGGACAUUUGGUCGACCGAGUUAAGGGGAAAGGGCAGGGACUAUCUCCGUCCUUUUGCCUCUUGGUACUACCAUUACGCAUCGAACAGGAGGAUGGAGACGUUACUGGCCCGGUUGAGUAAGGAGACGGCCCCAUUGAAUGGUUUCCUAUAUUCCAGACGGCUACACGACACGCCGAACUGUCCUCACUGGUCGGAGAGGGAAACGGUAGCCCACUAUUGGCUACAAUGCCCACAGUACGCAGAAGCCCGCAGAGUCAUGGGCGAAGCUCUGAAGGUAAAAUUGACAAAUAAUAGCACACUGAUGUCGAUAUAUGAGCCGUCGACGAAGAUAGCUCCCCGCCACUUAGUGGUGGCGCUAGAAACCUAUGUCGCUCGAACCGGACGGUUUGCGUAA